GUUAUAAAAUACUAUGGCUACCAAUCUGCAUGUAGUGAUGGUUCCAUGGCUAGCUUUUGGCCAUCUGAUGCCAUUCUUUCAACUCUCUCUACAGUUAGCAAAAGCUGGAAUCAGGGUAUCCUUCGUUUCAACCCCUGCCAACAUCAGAAGACUCCCUCAAGUUCCAUCAAAUAUAGCCUAUCUUCUAGAAUUAGUGGCCUUUCCAUUGCCGAGCUUAGAUAACGAGCAGCUCUUGCCCCAAGGCUGCGAGGCCACCGUGGAUAUACCUUCCGAGAAUAUCCAAUACCUGAAGAUUGCCUACGAUUUGCUUCGACAUCCAGUGAAGCAGUUCGUCAUAGAUCAAAAGCCGGAUUGGAUAUUGGCUGAUGUGAUCCCUUACUGGGUGGUGGAAAUAGCUAAGGAACACUAUACCCCUCUGGUUCAUUUCUCGGUUUUUUCAGCUGCUGCUUUAAGUUUCUUUGUAACUCCAACGCUGGUCACCGGUGCUGAUGGCCAGAAGAAAACGAGGUCUUCGCCAGAAAGUUGGACAUCAGCGCCUGAAUGGUUUGAUUUUCCUUCACCGUUGGCUUAUCCUAGAUUCUUGGCCACUUGCAUUCAUGAGGGCUAUUAUGGAGUGAAUGCUACUGGUAUAUCCGACGAUCAAAGGGUUGCUAAAGUUAUUCAGGCAUCUAAAGCUGUUGCUAUUCGUACUUGCCCUGAAUUUGAAGCUGAAUACUUGAACCUAUUCGAGAAGAUAGUUGGCGGCGAGAAACACAAACCAGUGUUUCCUAUUGGUUUACUAUUACCAGAAAAGCCCAAAGGAAGAACAAUCAAUGAUAUCUUUGGGUGGCUCGAUGUUCAAAGGGCUAACUCGGUUGUGUUCGUAGGGUUUGGGAGCGAGUGCAAACUGAUUAAAGAACAAGUACAGGAGAUAGCCUAUGGGGUAGAGCUGUCGGGGUUGCCGUUUUUAUGGGCACUAAGGAAACCGGAUUGGGCUGUUAAUGAACUCGAUACGUUGCCUUGUGGUUUUAGAGAGCGUACGCAAGGGAGAGGUGUUGUCUGCUUUGGUUGGGCACCGCAGAUGGAGAUAUUGGGACACCCUUCGAUUGGGGGAUCUUUAUUUCACUCUGGUUGGGGUUCUGUCAUCGAAACGCUCCAGUUCGGACACUCUCUCGUGGUGCUGCCUUUUGUGAUAGACCAACCCUUGAAUGCGAGGCUACUCGUAGACAAGGGUUUGGCUGUGGAAAUCGAGAGAAGUGAGGAUGGUUCGUUUGGCAGAGAUGACAUUGCCAAGGCUCUGAGGCUUGCAAUGGUGUCGGGAGGAGGAGAGAAGCUAAGAAGCCGAGCAAGAGAAGCAGCUCAAGUUUUUGGGAACAGAGACUUGCAAGAUACUUAUUUCAACAGAUUUGUGGAGUAUCUCAAGGAAAAUGGAGCUGCAAAUCAAUAGAUGUAUCAUACAAGAAGGAAAAGAUAAAAUGAUUGACACCUUUCUCUAUGCUUGACAUAUUUUUCUAUGUUGUUAUUCUUUGAAGUAUCGGGUUCGAGCGAUAGAAAUGUCAAGAAUAUAGAUGUUAUUGAACUCCUGCUUCAAGGAAUACCAGUGUUUGAGGAGUUGCUUAAAGCUUUCAUGAAAUUUAUGGUCACCAAACUGGAUUGUCUGUUUGGUGAUGGCCGAAUGAGUCGAUAUUCAUCUCAAUAAAUGUUUAAUGCGAGCCC